UUGACAGUCAGUGCGAUUUUAUGUGAUCGGAAAACGGAAAUCAGGUACCCGAAAAACGUGUUGAUUAUGUUCAUAUGUGUAACAAAUUAUUAAUUAGGUAAACUAUUGCUUCACCAGAUGAAGAUGUAAACAAUGCCUGCAGGUCAUUAUGACCCUCAGACUUCUUACAAUGGUGACGAUUCUGCAGCUAGCAUUCUAAAAACAGUACAAGCACAGGAAGCAGAAUUUGAAAGAUUAACCAGAAAAUUAGAAGCAGAAAGAGAAACUGUAGGACAUAAAUUUGGGGAGUACAGGGUGGGUAGUCAGGCCGAUAGUAUGAAUAGCAUCAAUAGCGCAGAUGAUUCUUAUUGGCGUAGUCCUCACUCUGACUCACGACUCCAUGAUGAUACUGUGGGGGACUCUAAAAUGAGCUCACACCUCCUUGACUCCUGCCUGAGAGAGCUUGAUAACAGGGGCACAUUUGGAGACAACAACAUGGAUUACGAGGACCCCUACAGUGGUGGAGGGAGACAAUUGUACAAUGAUUCCUACAAUCAGGGUUAUGACCCACAAUACAUGGACCAAAGGUCACCUCACGCAUCUCAUACAUCAUUACAGAGUAACGAUAGAAACAGAAUGGUACAGAGAGAAAACCACCCUAAUGACAAUUAUACAUCAUACUCCUCAUUAGCUAGACAGCCAGGCUACGAUGAUAUGAGAGGAUCGCCAGGAACACCUACAAGGUUGAACCAACAGCAAUAUGCUAGCGAUUAUUAUAACGAUAACUCACCUCGCUACAGUUUGGCCUCUAACGAUAGCUUCCAGCGUCCUCAGCAGCAGUAUCAUUAUGAUCCUAGGGACAUGGGUCAGCCAACAGAACAAGAAUCUUAUGGUGGACCACCAAACGAUCGCUAUGGUGAUGUGUCUGCUUUCAGUGAGCAUCCUCCAAACAAUCCUCACAAUGAUUCUCAUGUCAGUGACUCUUUCUAUAGGGACUCUCCUGUUGGAGAAAGGUACAAUGUUCAUAAAGGUAUACCCCAAAAUGACCCAUACCAUGACGAGGGCUAUGGGGCUCCUUCACAGGAACGUUACAAUGAACAUCCAUAUGGUAGUGACCCAAGAGGAUUAGAUGGAUAUAGGGAUGAUAAUCGUUACAUGGACCAAUAUGGUCAGCCUCAAGAUGAUCGAUAUAUGCCAACAGAGGAUAGACUUGCUGAUUUAAGUCUUGACAACCCUAGAACUCCCCAUGAUGGCCAUGGUCCAGAAGGCUACAGGGGACAUGAUGGUCCCUUGAAUGAUAGUUAUGGGGACCAACCACAAGAACAAACGUUUGGUGACUAUGAUGACAGUCCUUACAGACCUGAGGUUAAACAUCAUGGUCUUCCUAUAGUUCAUCAGGACCCUUUUGCUGAUGACCCUUUCCAAAGUAAGGAGAAUUUGGCCAAUAGAGAUCAUUUUGAUGGUCCAGGGAAUGAUAGGUAUAGAGAUGAUGAUCGAUAUAGAGACGAAGACCCAUAUAGACGUGACCCUCCUUCUGAUGAAGAUGACCCUUACAGACGGGGUCCACCAGUGGAAGACUUUGGGAGAGAGCCUCCUGUCAAUGACCCUUACUUAGGUAGAGGUCCACAAGAUGAAGAAGAGGAUUCAUUUAUUGGCAGAGGUCCACCAGGAGAUGACCGAUAUAGGGAUGAAGACCCAUACAGUGGAAGGCCACGACCAGAGGAUAACCCUUAUGGAAGUCGUCACCUACAGGAUGAGGAUCCUUAUUCUGGAAGACUAGCUGAUAGACAACCAUCCCCUACCAAUGAUGGAUAUGGUGGUCCUCCUCCUGGGUAUGUUGACAGAUACAGUGACGAAGAUCCUGUUAACCAACAACCUAUGUUUGAUGAUCGUAUGGAGAGGAGCAAUGAAGGCCUAAACAUGGCACCCCCACCUCAAGAAAACUACUCUGAUGGAAGGCGAACACCUUCAGAUAGAGGUCGUUACAAUGAGAAUGAUGCACCAGACCUUCUGACAGUCAUUGACUCACUAAGUCAUCCUGACGACAAUGUUAAAGCCAAUGCUGCAGCUUAUCUCCAACAUAUAUGUUUCCAUAAUGAGGACAACAAAGCUAAAACAAGGGGGAUGAAUGGUAUCCCACCAUUGGUAGAAUUAUUGAGGAAUGAUUACCCAGAAGUUCAGAAGAAUGCACUGGGAGCAUUGAAGAAUAUGUCAUAUGGUGGAAAGACAGAAAAUAAAAAAGCAAUAGAGAAUGCUGGAGGAAUCACAGCACUAAUCAGAUUGUUACGGAAAACACAAGAGAAUGAAGUGCGAGAAUUAGUAACAGGAAUUCUAUGGAAUCUAUCCUCUUGUGAGGAUUUAAAGGAAAAGAUAAUUCAGGAAGGCUUGGCUGAUAUAGUGAGUAGAAUCAUUGUACCUUACUCUGGAUGGGAGAAACGUGGCACUAUGGAGGAACAAACAACAGAUUCAUUCUUAACUACAGUUUACAGGAAUGCUACAGGAAUAAUUAGGAAUUUAAGUUCUGCUGGAAAAAAUGAUGAACGAACUGAUAAAGGAUAUAAUGUGAGGACACGAUUACGUGAAUGUUCAAAACUUGUAAAUUGUUUAAUAUAUACAUUAGAUAUUUCAUUACGUUUCCAUGACAAAGAAAAUAAACCAGUUGAAAACUGUACAUGUGCAUUAAGGAACUUAUCAUAUAGAAUUCAAGAAGUGUCAGAAAAGGAUUUUUAUAAGAAAAGGACUCAAACACUUAAACGUAUGCAAAAACCACCUAAUAAAAAAGAAUCUCCGGGUUGUUUUGGUGGUGGAAAUAAGAAAAAACAACAGUCCAGUAAAAAUAAUGCAAAACAAAAACCAGAUGUUAAUCAAAAUGGUAUCCCUGCUUUACCGCAGAAUGCUACAGAGUACCAGGGACUCUGGAACGCCCAUGUAAUAAAGUUAUAUCUUGGUAUAUUAGAGAAUGGGUCCAACCCAGUAACAGUAGAGGCAGCAGCUGGAGCCAUACAGAACCUCACAGCAUGUUUCUGGAGUUAUGCAGAAGAUGUGCGAGCAUGGGUACGGAAGGAGAAAGGAUUACCAUUCUUUGUAGACUUAUUGACACAAGACCGAGAUAGUAUAGUAUGUCAUGUGGCCUUAGCACUUAGAAACUUGGCCAUUGAUGAGAAAAAUAAAACAUUAAUAGGAACAUAUGCAAUGAAGCAGUUAGUCAGCAGAUUACCACAGGAGAGAAGUGCUGAUGCAGUCUCUGAUCCAACAGUAUCAGCCAUACUUGUCACACUUCUAGAAAUUGUUACAUGUGAUGAAAAUUUCGCUAAAACAUUGGUUGAAGCUAAUGGUUUACCUAGGAUCAAGUUUGUAAAAUUUGUUAAUGGAAAAUAUUCUCGUAAAACCAAAGAAAAUGCCAAAAAGUUACUAGAUUCUAUGUGGGAAUUUAAGAGCCUAACACCAGUUUACGCAAUGCAGGGAAUAACAGAAAGUGAUGUUAAAGCAGGCUGUGCUCCUGGCAGGGAACCAGAUAGAAUCGGUAUUACUAGUACGACACCUUAUAACACCCUAGGACGUCCUCAAGGCAGUCAAGGUUAUGAUGAUAACACAAUAUCUGCAGGGAGGUUACCAGCAUAUAAAAGUAACAUGAAUGGUAGAAUGGAUGGAACUAUGGUCCAUGGACAUAGCAAUCCUGCCAUGAAUAUGGAGCCUGAGCGAUAUCAACAUGGAGGCAGCAGACAGAGAGGGAUGGAUGAGAUCCCAAUGACUGAUUUAGGACCAAGUUACGCUCCUAUUGAAGAACAACACAACAGACGAAAUAAGCCACCAGUAGGUGGUGUUCCUCUUUUCCCUAAUCUACAACCAGCAAGCCCACAAGACUAUCCUUCACAUCAACAAGACCGACUUGAACCACAGUCUGGACACGAACCACUUUAUGCACAAGUGAAAAAAGGACACAAGCGACCUGAGGAUGAUAUUGUCAGCCCUAACAAUGUGAUGUUAGAAAGUGGUGGAGGUGGUCCCCCAGGUGGAGCAGAUUCUUGGGUGUAGUGCUGUUCAAGGGGAGAUAACUGCUGUCAUUUGAGAAAAAAGAAACUAUUGAAAUUGAUCUUGCUGGUUUUAUUUCCAAAAACUUAAAUGAUUUAAAACGAAAAAAGAUUCAAUAUGAUUAAAAGAAAUAACAGAUAGAAAAUACUAUCAUAUUCAUUUUGGAGGGGGAAACAAUGGCAUUAAAUCACAAAAAUAGCUGAUUUACAUGAAAACUAGUGAACUUGAAGAUAUGGGAUGCAUAUUAAGUAUAAUGCAAUAUCUCCUAUGUUUUACAUAAGAUUUCCAUAAUUUUCAAGAACAACACAUAGAAAGUAAUGGACUAGCAUUUUCUAGUUAUUGUAUUGUUUAAUUUGUCAAACAUUGUCAAAUGUACAAAACAAAAAUUAAGGGAACCCCAAACAGCUUAAAUUUUCAUAUCAGACAUGUACAAAGAUAGUGUUUUCCAUAUGAUUUAUCAUAAAUUAAUCAUUCAGAAAUUUUUAUCAGAAUAUUUUUAAUUUAUGAAAUAUAUAUAUUAACUGCCAUGUUUUUUGUAAGAAAUUUGGUUUGUGAUAAUUUUUAUAUAAAUAUUAUAUCUCUACAGAAGGUUGUAUAUACAUAUAUCUAUAUUUUUUUGUCUGUGAGACAAGAUUUUUAAUAGGAACCAGAAUAAUUUUACCUGACAGAUUUUUUUUACAUUGUAAACAUUUUACUGGUAGAGGUUGUAACAAAAAAGGCGCAGUCUGACUGUUUCUAAUCUCUGUUAGAUAUUUUUUUUAUUAUUCAUAACAGAAAUUAACAUUUUCCACAUAAUUUUAUGUUUAAAAUCAUCCUUGGUUAUCCAUAUUGAUAUAUGAGUUCGUGUUAUUUGAUAUUAGUUUAUUUAUAUUUAGUAAUCUAGAUCUUUUUGUGAACCAUUUUGCCUGAAAUUGAUUAUAUAGAUGUGUCCAAGAGGAAAGAAUAUUAAACUUGAAAUAUACAUGAUCAAAAGCUAGUAGUGCUUGAAGAUAUUAUAAAUAUGUAUUGUAAACUGUGCUACAGUAGUUUUGCCAUACAUGAGUGUUAUCAUUAUUUUUCUUUAAAACAUUUAACUUCUGACAUAAAAUGUAAUAUAAUUUUUGUAGGUACUAGUUCCAUCUUUGGUGUAGAAUGGUCAGAUUUUAAUGGUUGAAUAGGAUGAUUUUCUUAAUUUGAAAGUAGACUUGUUAACAGUUUUCCUCCAUGCUUCGAAAAAAAGGCAAUCGACUUUACUGACCUUAAGAAUUAGAUAUAUUGGAAAAGUAUUUUGUUUUUAUUGAUUUAUCUUCAAGAAGUGGUCAAUGAUUGGAUUUAAUGGAAUAUCUUUCUUGAUAGGUUAUUCAACUGUUUUUUCCCCAGAAUGAGACAUGGAUAUAAAAACAUUCCUGCUAAAAGGAAAUUUUUCAACUUCAGUGUUCCAUUUGAACCAUUUUAGCACUCUCAAGCUUACACAUAAUCAACUAAAGAAUAAAAUCAUUUUUUUUUUAUUUCCAAAUUACAUAUUUCAGCAAAGAUCUAUCUAAGUGGCAUUACUGAAUUAUACAAUACAGUCAACUUUUUGAUAAUUCAUAUGAAUAAAUACAUGCAUUAAAUUUCUGUAUUUAUAGUACUAAACUGGUUUCUAUAAACUUUCAUUAUCAAAUUGGCUCUGUCUGAGAUUAAUGUUAUUGUCAUGGAUAUCAUAUUUUAUAAUUCAUCACCAGCAAUCUCACAAUCAUGAGUGUAUAUUCAAAAGUAAUAAAUGUUCAGCUAAUUUCAGGCUCAUAUGAGACAAUUGAGAACACAUUUGUAUUUAUGUUACAAUAUCGUACACAUCACUAAAGGUAUUGUUGAUAAUCAUUUCCAUUGGGAAUUUUGUAAAUUUAUACAUAUCAUUUCCAAUGAAAGUAGCAAAUGAGUUUCUUUUCAGAAGCAUUUAUAUAUUUUUCUAUACAUCAGAUCCUCUUAAUAGGCCAAGAAAAGUAGGAAAUACCAAAUAUAUUAUGAUAAAUGCACUUAGCCUAAUGUCUCAUUAUUUUGUAUAACAUUAUGAAUCAUGAAAACUCUAAUUCAUUUGUGUUUUAUACUGUAACAACUUUUAAAGCAUAAUUAUCAUGAAAGUUCAUUGUAAAUAUUGUAUUUUUCUGAAGUUUCACUAUGACAGACUUAGACAAAGUUUAAAUGAUGUAAACAAAUUAUAAUGAAGCAGAUUUUAAAUGUGUAUUUAAAACAUAUACAACAGUUCAAGAUUUCUAUUGAAUUAAUAUCUUGUUUUGAAAGAAGCUUAUUUAUACAAGACAUUUGUUGUAAAAAGUACGUUAAGAGACAUAAAGAUUGUUGUAGUAUAUUAGAGAUACAAAUUAAUUUUUCUAACACAGCAAAUGGUAUGUAAGCAAAAGUCCAUGGUGAUAAUUUUUGCAUUUUUCGGACAGUUAGUUUGUAGCCAGUGUAGAACUUUUUAUUAAGUGAUUAUAUUCUGGGAACUUGUUUUUAUCUUUAAAGUAUCUGAAGAGGUUUCAGUUAAUGUCGAUGUUUCUAAACUAACAAAAAAUAUAAGUGAUACACAUUAGGUUGUGUUCAGGAAUUUUCUAAAGAUCACAAUUGUUAGUCUGAAAUCCAUUUACUAAUUAGAAAAAAAUAAUAUUUUUGAUAUUUAAAAAAAAAGGGUUUAAUUCAUUUUGAGUUGAGAUAUAUUUUCCUCCAAUACAAUGGCUGUUCUCUGUACAUUUAUUGAUAUACAUUAUUAGAAUAAACUUAAUUCUUCUUCAGACAAAUAUUUUGCAUUGUAUAAAUAUCACAAAAUAUCAAACAUGAGUAUGGCUUCUGUCAUUAUGUAGAAUUACAUGCAUAUGAAAUAAAACUGAAAUGAAAUGAA